GCAGCUGCCGAGGCAUUUGAAUGUUCUGGAAGAGCUGCAAGAAAGGCAUUCUGUGAAUUUUCUCAUCAGAGUCAGAACCAGAACUUAAACACAGCCCAUCAGGGCUCACAAGAGCACGGUGCUUCAAAUCUGAGGGAAAAAAACGACAACCGAGGCAAUUACAGGUUACGGUGGAGUGAAAAACGGCCAGAGGUGACUCAGAAAAUUGGAUUUUGGGCGUGGGAGUUGUGCGCUCCUGUGGUGGACAAGUGAGGCAAAGCAUCCGCAGAUGUUCAGAUGGAGAUUUAGUGUCGGUGAGGUGGUGUCUGACUGCACAGUGAGCAGAGAAAUAAGGAAAGUGAAGAGUUUUGUUUCUAUGAGGAUCGUAAGGUAUGAAAUAAAUAUGGUCUGAUAGAACUUAAAAGAGCCUUGUUUAUUUCCAGGAUGCGGUAGAGGUAUGCUUUUUGGAGUAAGAAGAAAAAAUUACUUCUUUGUUUUUUUUUUUUAACACAUUUAUUACUUUAAAAAAAUCAAUGAAGGAAUCAGAUCAAAUCGAGGACCUGACCUGGAAUUUUGACCAGUCCUGGGACACGAUCAUUAAACCGGCUGCGCGCCUUUGUCUCAGCACUUUGGAUUUCUCUGAUCUCUGGGAUGAGGACGACAGCGAAGAGGACGAGGAACUCCUUACAUCCCCACCAAGUCAACACCUGUCCUUGGCACCUCCUCCACCACCUCUUCCUCCACCUCCACCUCCUCCUCUUGCAUCACCUUUGUCUUUUUCCUCUAAAGGUAAAGUGAUUAAAGGUCACACCUUGAAGCUUCACUGGAGGGAACUCCAGAACCUGGCCCCGCUUCCCAGGAUGACUCGCUUUGGGAAACAGACUAUAUGGGCCGGACUGGAGCCAGUGCAAUUGGACACAAACCGCCUGGAGUACUUGUUUGAGUCUAAGGCCACCAGCACCAGUUUUACUGUGGUUUCUGGGCGGCAGAAGCAGUCAUCUGUCUCAGUGCUGGGCAUGAAGCGCAGUAACAUCAUAACAAUUGCCCUGAGCAGCCUGCCUCCUCCUCGCCUCCUCCCCCCUGCUAUCUACAGCAUGGACAGCAGUGUGCUGGACAGAGAGGACAUUCAGCGACUUCAAGCUCUGAUCCCGACAGAGGAAGAGCUUUGUCUGAUCAACGAAGCCAAGGCCCAGAAGCCUCACUCUCCCCUGGCCCAGGCUGAACUGUGCCUGCUCACUCUGGGAGAAAUCCCUCACCUGAGUACAAGACUUCAGCUCUGGACCUUCGCUCUGGACUAUGACUCCUUAGAGAAGGAAAUUGCUGAGCCUCUUUUUCACCUAAAGCUGGCCAUGGAACAGCUGGCAGCCAGCCAGACCUUCAGGUGUAUUCUAGCGACCGUGUUAGCCAUCGGUAACUUUCUCAACGGCUGUAAGGCACGUGGUUUUGAACUGAGUUACCUGGGAAAGCUGUCUCAGGUGAGGGACACGCAUACCCGCCAGCCUCUGCUGCACCACGUCUGCGUGCUCCUGCUGCAGCUCUACCCACAAUCCUCUGACCUUUACUCUGACAUCACUGCCGUUACUAAAGCUGGCAAGUGUGACUACUCUCAGGUCCAGUCCAACUUAGUUCAGCUAGAGGCCACGUGCAAAGCAUCAUGGGAGCAGUUGAAGGUUCUGGCAAGGACUGAGGAAAAGAGGAAAGGAGGAAAAGGUGGAAAAGGAGAAAAAGGGAAAGGUAAAGAUGACGUGGAGUUGUUUGCUCCAGAGGGUUCAAUCCGUCACAGGCUCCCCAAAAUCCUGAAAGAGUGCGAGGAGAGGCUGAAGGUCCUGAGAGCAGUCCAUCGUCGAGUUAUUAACAGGUUCCACUCAUUCCUCCUCUUCCUGGGUUACUCUCGAACCAUGGUGCGAGACACCAGAGCAGAGGACUUCUGCAGAACCAUCAGCAACUUCUCGUUGGAGUACAGGUCCACAAGGCAGGCCGUCCUCCUGCAGAGGGAGCGUGAGCAGCAGAAGAGUGGAGCCAAAAGCCCAGGCCCCAGCACACCUGUGGGCAGGAGGAAAUGUCAGCAACCUCCAGCAUCACAGGAAAGCGAUGAACAUUGUCGGCUGGAGGAGGUGCUGAGAACACCAGAGACCAUUACAAGAAUGAAUGCAACUUUACCACGAAACCGCAGAAGGAUGGCUGACUUCCAAGGUUCAUUUUCAAGAAAACUGAAGUUGUGACCUUGCUGAUGUUCUCUUUUAGUCCCUGGAGAAAGUUAUUUAAGAUGUUGCAUUGUCACUCAGGGGUAGACCAGGGUUGGUUGUCACAUAACCUGUCACUGCAACACCAGAGAAAUUCUGGUAAUCUGUCACUGAAUAGUCAGUGCAUUUUGCAGUAAACCUUUGUGGAACACACUUAAAACUUUGAGUUGAGGAUUAAUUUUGUAAUUUGCAUGGGCCACACUAAUGUUCCUGUUGUUUUUUAGGCUACAAAAUUGUUAAUAAAAAAUCGGACGUUUAUUAAAAAGCUGAUGCUAACUGUUUUGAUAUCAAUCAGUUUUUCACCAUCAACAGUUAAAUCAAGAUGUUUGCAUAGUCUGUAUUAAAAGACACAAAAUCUGACUGAAG